AUGAAAAUAAGACUCCCCUUCGCAGGAGCUUUUGCCGUGCUCCUGCUCAUCCUCGCGUAUGCAGGCUUAAGCUCUGUCCAGGUCGAUGCGCACGUCAACGACAAGGUCCUCCACUGGUUCAGCUUCUUUCUUCUCACAUGCAUCUUCUACUGGAUCAUCGAUACGAACCGCCGACGCACGCUUAACCUAACCUUGAUGGUUUGCACCCUCGGCCUCGGUGUCGGCUCCGAAUUCCUCCAAAGCGUGUUACCCAACGGUCGCAACUUCGACCUCUUCGAUAUCGUCGCCAACAUCGUGGGCAGCCUCAUGGGCGUCGCCCUCUGCACAUGGUAUCAUCAGCGCAUGAUGGAGAGACGCAGGCUACGGAGACAAUACAAUGCUGUCCCCGGCAGCGACGAGGCGGACCUUGAGCUCGGCGAAGGCCACGAGAGCGGCGUGGUAGAUGGCUCAACCGCCGGCCCAUCUGCGAGAACGCUGGAAGAGGAAGUCGAUAACUGGGACGAGAAUGCGUUGGAUAAUUGGGAUGACGAUGACGCGGACCUUGACGGCGCGAAUAAAACGACCGAGAACGAUCUCGACAGCGGCGACAUUGGAGACACCAAAGCGAAGAGACACGACUAA